AUGGACCGGAAGCGGGGCGAGGGGUCGCCGGAUCCGGAGGGUAGCGGGGCGCAGGUCCCCGGCGGCGCGGGUGAAAAUCUGGUGAUUGAACGCGCGUCGGUGGAUCGUCCGGUAAGCUUACACUGCGUAUGGGCGCGAUGCGCGCGAGCUGCCCUAUAUGUGGCGCCGCUGUCGAUUCCACGUCGCCCUCACUUCACCUCGCGCAUCUCACGCGUCUAUUCUUGA